UUUCGUCUCUUUCCGUUUGCACUUCACAGCACUGGCAGCUGUGCGUUAUCGUUAUCGAUGACCAAAUAAUAUAGUAACAAUAUAACUCGUAAAAAUAAUAACAAUGGGAAGUCCAGAAUUGCCUUCAGAUCCCGGUCAAGAGGGACUUCCCACCCCACCGGUUGAGCAUCCAAGGGGAGGAGUGGAGAGCGAGGAUGACGAUGAUUCGGAUGCCUACGACGGCUACCAACCACUCGCCUUGGAUGAGGAGAACGAUGCAGCGGAUCCCGAGAUUUCCAGGGAGCACGAGACCCCGUCCAAAGAUAAUGACGAGGAUGUUGACCUGAUGACUGCCCCAGUCACCCACGGAGACCCCAACAUGCCUGACAUUGAGCCCGCUGACGUUGAAAUCGAGAGACAAGUCUGGAGUGAGCCGAGACCCAGGGAACUCCAAAUGGAUCUGGAUAAAACACGAACGGAACAGAUACUCAAAGCCAUGUCCACGAUAACGUUACCCAACAUCACAGUGCCGGAAUGGGCCAAGGGAGUGCCCGAGGAGCAUUGGAAGCAUGAGCUGCUGGACCGGAUUAACAACCGACACCAUCCACCCGAACCCUCAACGUCGUCGUCGCGCGAGAGUAAUCAGCAUUCCAAGAAAGAAUAGCGUUUGUUUUGUAUAUUUAGAAAAAAGUUCUCCAAUAUAUGUAUAAUUUAGAA